UUUUUUUUUUUUACAUUUUUCGGUUAAAAGACGGCUCUUAUAUCUCUUAUUUAAGAGACGGUUCUUAGAUUUUCUUAGUUAUAAUCUAAGAAAAGUUAAAAACCGUUUCUUAACCGAAGCUAAGAACCCCAGUUAAGAGACUGAGGUUAAUCAUGGUAUUCAAAAGGGUUAGGGCACGUUAGCCUAUAAAUAGAACGACAUGAAGAGAAGCUGAGGGACACAAACAAGCAGAACAGCAAAAGAAGUUACAAACAAAAACCAAACACUUUUGUGACUUCUAUUGCAAGAAGAAGAUGAAUAUUCCAUGUUUUAAAUUCACUCAUAUUCACUCUGUCUCACACCAGUUCUGUCCCGCCUCGCUCACUCAAGUUCGUCAUGCUUCGCAAAAGUUCCGUCAGGCCUCGCACAUCUCUACUCGAAGCUUGAAGAUCGCAGCUGUAGCUCCAACUUUGCAAGGCGAGUGGAUCAAGGUGGAGCAGAAAGGAGGAAAUACACUAAGUGACAGAAGCUCACACGGCAUAGCUGUGGUCGGGGAUGAGCUCUACGCUUUCGGUGGCGAGUUCAAUACCAACGACCUUCACGUCUUUGACCUCAACACUCAAAAUUGGUCAAUCGCUCCGGCCAAGGGAUCUGGAUCAGACAUCCUGGCGCAGCACAAGUUUAUAAAAUACGAAGUUCGUUUAAUCUAGAGAAUACCCGAACAACGACAAGCUCUGAGAUCGUUGAUUCACGAGAGAAUGCCGAAAUCAAGAGAAGAGAUGAACUAGAAGUUCUUAUGAUUAAUGAAUAAAGCGUGAUCUCAGCUCA